AUGAGCGGCAGAAGCGGAGGAGCCGGACACGUGUCGUCGUUUCGUUCGCUAAAGCCCCUGAAUUUGAGGAGCGAGGAGUCGCGGAAAGCGGCGAUCCCGCUGGGGCCGGAGGGCGCGGUGAUGCACGGGCGGCUCGACAACGGCGUGACGUACUACGUGCGCCGCAACGCCAAGCCGCAGCACCGCGCCGCGUUGGCGCUGGCGGUCCGCGUGGGGUCCCUGGCGGAGGAGGAGGCGGAGCGGGGAGUGGCGCACAUACUGGAGCACCUAGCCUUCAGCGCCACGAGGCGCUACAGCAACCACCACAUCGUGCGCUUCCUCGAGAGCAUCGGCGCCGAGUUCGGCGCGUGCCAGAACGCGUACACGUCAGCGGACGAGACGGUGUUUGAGCUGCAGCUGCCCGUGGAUAAGCCCGAGCUGCUGCCGCACGCCAUCUCCAUUCUUGCUGACUUUGCCAGCGAGAUCCGAGUAUCGGAGGAGGAUGUGGAGAAGGAGAGGGGAGCGGUGCUGGAGGAGUGGCGGGAGAGGAGGAACGCCAUGGGGCGCAUGCAGGACGCACACUGGCAGCUGCUCAUGCGAGGCAGCAAGUACGCGGAGCGGCUGCCCAUCGGCCUGGAAUCGGUGAUUCGCGGCGUGCCAGCGGCCGCUGUGAAGAGCUUCUACCACACGUGGUACCACCCCGCUAACAUGGCCGUGGUUGCUGUGGGGGACUUUCCCGAUGCCCAGGCAGUGGUGGCGCUCAUAGCAGAGCACUUUGCCGCCAAGCUGCCGCUCUGCCCCUCGGCGCUGUCAGCAGUGCCAGAGGAGCCCUUCCACGCGCACUCGCAGCCGCGCUUCUCCGUCUUCGUCGAGCGCGAGGCUGGCGGGUCAGCAGUGAUGGUGACGUGCAAGGCGCCCGUGCACGCCAUGGUGACCCCCAUGGACUACAGGCAGUAUCUGGUGGAGGAGCUGUUCCAGGCCGCCCUCUCGCACCGCCUCUUCCUGCUCUCCCGCCGCCCCGACCCGCCCUUCUAUGCCGCUGCCGCCACGGUGGAGGCUUUAGUCAAGUCCACGCGCUCCUUCUCGCUCAGCGCCAGCUGCCAGGACAAGGGCACUCUCAAGGCGCUGGAGGCGCUGUGGAUGGAGGUCGCGCGAGUGCAAGUGCACGGCAUCUCGGAUCGAGAGCUGGCGAUGGCACGGGUGCAGUGCCUGGCGGACGUGGAGUCGGCAUACGUGGAGAGGGAGCAGACGUACAGCGAGGCGCUCCGGGAGGAGUACAUGGCGCACUUCUUGAGGGACGAGCCCUCGCCCGGCAUUGAAUACGAGGCACGACUGGCCAAGGCGCUGCUGCCAGGCAUCACAGCAGCAGAAGUGGCAGCAGUUGCAUCAGAAAUCUCCCCCAGCAGCAGCUGCGUGGUGAAGAUCGUGGAGGCCAAGGCACAGGCCACCGUGGAGGCGAUCCAAGGCGUCAUCGCUCGGGUCAUGCGCGCCAAGGAGGCCACUGUGGCUGCCAUGCGCGCCAAGGAGGCCACUGUGGCUGCCAUGCGCGCCAAGGAGGCCACUGUGGCUGCCAUGCGCGCUGACGAGGCGAAGCGGGGUGCUGUGGAGGCUGACGAGGCGAAUAAGGGUGCUGUGGAGGCUGACGAGGCGAAUAAGGGUGCUGUGGAGGCGAAGGAGGCGGCUGACAGGGAGAGGGAUGGGGAGGAUUUGACAGGAGUGGUGGAGAGUGGUGGGGAGGGAGGAGGGAAAGAAGGGGAACGAGGAGAGGGGAAGGGUGUAGAGGCAGGAGAGGGAGGAGGAGAGGAGGAUGGCGGUUUGGAGGGUGGGGGUGGGGUGGAAGGAGGAGGAGAGGGGGCAGAAGCAACAGCAACAGCAGCAGCAGCAGGAACAGCAACAGUAGCAGCGGAAUCUGGGAACGUGGCAGUGGGGGGUGAGCCAGCAGCAGCAGGAGAGGGGGCUGCAGCAGCAGCAGCAGCAGCAGCGGGGGGUGAAGGUGAAGAGGCGGUGGAGCUGAUAGAGCCGUGGACGCUGGAUGACAUUCCCGAGAGCAUCGUGCAGACACCACCCGUACCGGGGGAGGUGGAGGAGCAGAGGGAGUAUCCGGGUCUGGGAGUGACGGAGCUGAGGUUAUCCAAUGGCAUGCGCGUGGCAGUCAAAUGCACCGACUUCCUUGACGACCAGAUCCUGAUAUCCGGCUAUGCAUACGGGGGUCUCUCGGAGGUGUCCGAAGCCGAGUACUACACGGCAGCCAUGGCGCAGAGCAUCGCGGGGGAGGCGGGCAUAUUCGGCCACCCGCCAGCUGUCAUGGCGGAGCUGCUGGCCGGCAAGCGCGUGGAGGUGGGCGGCAAGCUGUCGUCCUACAUGCGUGUGUUCUCGGGGGAGUGCUCCCCGGACGACCUUGAGACGGCUCUGCAGCUGGUGUACCAGCUAUUCACGUGCAGCAUCACGGCAGAGGCGAAGGACAUAGCGCUCAUCAAGCAGAUGACCAGGGAGGCCGUGCGUGGGCAGCAGCGCGACCCCUUCACUGCCUUUGCCAACCGCGUGCGCGAGAUCAGCUAUGGCCGCAGCUACCAGUUCAAGCCAAUCACAGAGUCGGAUCUGAAGAGGGUGGAUUACAGCAAGGCGUGCGAGUACUUCGAGCGGGCGUUCAAGGACCCAUCGCCCUUCACGGCCGUUAUCAUCGGCAGCACACGCCUAGAGCAGGCCCUGCCCCUCAUCAAGCAGUACCUGGGCGGCAUCCCAGUGCCCUCCCCACCAGCCGCCAUGCCACGCUACGAGCGCGACUCGCUCACAGCGCUGCCCUUCAAGUUCCCCGACUCCCUCAUCCGGGAGGAGGUGAGGAGGGUGAUGGUGGAGGCGCAGGGCUACACGCAGAUCACCUUCCCCCUCAACAUCCCCGCCAGCCCCAAAGUCGUGGAGGAAACCAUGUGGGUGGGCUUCCUCACGAAGCUGCUGGAGACGCGGGUCAUGCAGCUGCUGCGAUUCAAACACGGCCAGAUCUACACGGUGUCGGCAUCGUCCUUCCUGGGGGGGGCGCGUCCGUCCCGCCAGGGCGGGGUGAGGGGGGACCUGGCAGUCGCAUUCUCCUGCGACCCCACCACUGCCUGGUCACUCGUGGACCUGAGUGUGGCGGAGAUAGAGCGCGUGCAGAGGGAGGGGCCGGAGGAGGCGGAUGUGAAGACGGCACGGGAGUUGGAGCAGCGCGCGCACGAGAUGGGGCUGCAGGAGAACUCCUUCUGGCUCGACCGUGUGGUGCGCGCGUACCAGACUCGCCUGUACGACGGCAACGUGGAUGAAUCGUUUCAGACACUGGAAGACAUUCGCCUGCGUCUCAUCAGCCAGCUCAGCGCUGACUCAGUCCGUGCCAUGCUGACUCAGCUACUCCCAGUGCCGUGCUCCAAGCAGUACACAGCUGUCAGCCUCGUGCCCACACAGCCCCUUUGGCGCCGCCUGCUGUCGCUGCCGCCCAAGCAGAACCCAGGCCUCACAUCCGAAUCCAAAGCACUGCUUGCUGUGCUGGCUGCUGCUGCAAUUGGAGUGGCUCUGUGGCGGUGCCGACCAAGGCACUAG